AUGGAGGUGGUGGCCCAUCAGCAGCGCGAUUUCCAGCCUGGGGAAGCCAGAACCCACUCCACGGGCACGGACGAUGGCAAGUUUUCGGAGGCCAUCACAGUGCUGCUGUCCUGGAUCGAGCGAGGGGAGGUGAACCGGCGCUCUGCAAACCACUUCUACUCCAUGGUGCAGUCGGCCAACAGCCACGUCCGCCGCCUGAUGAACGAGAAGGCCACCCACGAGCAGGAGAUGGAGGAGGCCAAGGAGAAUUUCAAAAACGCCUUAACCGGGAUCCUCACUCAAUUUGAGCAGAUUGUGGCCGUUUUCAACGCUUCUACCAGACAAAAAGCUUGGGACCAUUUCUCGAAAGCUCAGCGCAAGAACAUAGACAUUUGGCGAAAGCACUCUGAGGAACUUCGGAAUGCUCAGAGUGAGCAGCUUAUGGGCAUCCGUCGCGAAGAAGAGAUGGAGAUGUCGGACGAUGAGAACUGUGACAGCCCCACUAAAAAAAUGAGAGUCGAUGAAUCAGCCCUGGCCGCCCAGGCCUAUGCGCUUAAAGAGGAGAACGACAGCCUCCGAUGGCAGCUGGAUGCCUACAGGAACGAGGUGGAGCUGCUGAAGCAGGAGAAGGAGCAGCUGUUCCGGACGGAGGAGAGCCUGACGAAGGACCAGCAGGUGCAGUUCCUGCAGCAGACCAUGCACGGCAUGCAGCAGCAAUUGCUGACCAUCCAGGAGGAGUUGAACAACAAAAAGUCAGAACUGGAGCAAGCAAAAGAAGAGCAGUCACACACACAAGCAUUACUCAAAGUUCUCCAGGAACAAUUGAAGGGUACCAAGGAGUUGGUCGAGACCAAUGGCCACAGCCAUGAGGACACAAAUGAAAUCAAUGUAUUGACAGUUGCGUUGGUCAACCAAGACCGAGAGAACAACACUGAGAAAAGAAGCCAAGGCUUAAAAUCAGAGAAAGAAGCUCUGCUGAUUGGCAUCAUAUCCACGUUUCUUCACGUCCAUCCUUUCGGAGCCAAUAUAGAAUAUCUCUGGUCGUACAUGCAACAGCUGGACUCCAAGAUAUCUGCAAAUGAAAUCGAAAUGCUUUUGAUGAGGUUGCCACGCAUGUUUAAACAGGAAUUCACAGGCGUGGGAGCAACGCUGGAAAAAAGGUGGAAGUUGUGUGCCUUCGAAGGAAUUAAAACUACCUAACUGUGAAAAGCGAUGAAAUCUCUGGAUGAAACCGCCUGAACCCGGCCAGGGCUGUGCCGCGUGAGCCCAGGAGUUUUGGGGCAGGUCCAACGCGGGACCUUUAUGGAGCCGUCAGAGCCUGACUGUAGUUACAUCUGUGGCGUUCUCUUGUGAGUGGAAAUGUAAUUGUGUACCAGUUCCCUAAAACAAACAAAGCUUCAUACUGUGACAGAUCUGUUUGCUAUGAAAACCAAUGAUUCCACAGUCAUAGUGAUGGCAGAACCCUAAAAUAUGCUACAUUUGAGACUAGCUCACCAAGCAGAAUAUUUAAAGUUAAUAAUGGUGUAGCAAUGGUCGUUGCUAGGCUACAGAGCUGUAUAUGUAAUGUAUAGCUGAAAUCAUUCAAUGACAUUUUCCUGAAAGUCUUUAUGUUUUAGUAAAAAAAAAAAAGAAGAA